AUGAACAACAAGCUGGAGGCGGCGUACGUCUGUUCAACUGAGCACCGAAGUCGUCGCUUGAUCACGUUUGAAACGUUAUCACCCUUGAAGGGAGGUAGAUGGUCACGGACUUUUUAGGUACAGAUAUUUCUUAAGGAGUUUCUUGUCUGGGAUGGCGAUAUUUAUCGAUGAAUUUUUCCGGAUACCCGUUUGCAAGAAAAACGUCCAUUAGGAAAGUAAGCUCGUCAUUAAUCGUAUCUGAGGAGCAGAUUCUGGUGGCUCUAUUGAACAAGCACAAAACCAAGUCCCGUUUUCUCUGAAUUGGAACGAAACUGAGAAAGUGCAUGUAUUGUCCUUUCCAGGUGGGUUUUCGAUAGAUGGAUCUCUGAAUAGAGCCAUCUGCCCGCCUACGUACAAGAAUAUCCAGGAAAGGCAGUGUGUCAUUCUUCUCAUGCUCGAUCGUCAAUUUGAUCUUUGCAUGUGCUUUGUUCAGAGCCUUGAGUAAUAGUUCUCCGUCGCCUGGUUUUUUGACUAUGGCGAAAAUGUCACCCACAUAUCGCCUAUAGAAUGAGGCUCCUUGUAAGUUCCGAGCUAGUUUUCGCUCUAGAUUAGACAUAAAAAUGUCCGCUAUGUAAUGACCGUGUGCAGCUGAAUGAGAGGUCUCGAAAUUUAUGAUGUCAGUAAAUUCUGCAUGCUUUGUCGCCUUUGCCUUGUUCAAAUUUAUUCCGGGAAAACAUUGCCUCAACAUCCGUUUUUGACAAAAUGUGCCAUCCGGAUGACGCGUACAUAUUCACUAUUCGUUGGGCGAACGGAAUAAAAAGACGAAUGUAACCUUAACUUUUUGUGAGCGAGAGCGGUUUCUAAAGGAUGGAUAACGCAAUUCUUGCAAAACCGAACAACUUUAAUUCUGUUGGUGUGUAACUUACGCCUACACUUGCCUUAGGUUGGUGCAUAAUGGAAGACUCCAUCACCAGUUCAGCAAACCAUUAGUCGAAUUUCGCCUCUGGCCUAUAAAAAAGCAGUUGAAGAUGCAUCCUAAAUUAUAAACAAUGCUUGCUCGUCGGGUAUACUGCGGUACAUUCGAGGUCCCAGCCCACUUCUUCUGUCAAAGAAAGGUGCGCACUUUUUGAAUCAUGCCACUGAACGUAUUAAUGUAAUUUGUGACUGUGUCUUUACUUCGGUUGUCGUUGCUAUCAAAAACAAAUUUACUGAGAGUUAUUUUUGGAGUAAUAAGAAGGUCAGGCGCCUUUUUACGUAGAAUUUGUUGGCUAUUUUUUCCUCUUUUAGGCGAAACUGGGCUGGUAGCGAGUAAUAAUCAUCGCAUCUUAGUACAGCGGUUUAUCCGAAGAAUGUUACCAACGAAUAACCAUGGGAUACGGCUCAGAUGUUUCAAUUCUUUGGGCCCUACAUGAACAUGGGUCUACAUUAAUAUAACCUUAUUUCCAUACUGAAGUCUGAACGCCUACCUUUUUCAUGCACUAUGAUGUUCGGGGAAGGAGUAAGAAUACCAAAAUAAGGCUACAAGAGUUUAUUCUGCAAACACCGAUUACUCCUCCAAAACCUGUUUAGAACGUCUGUUUUAUGCAUGGUAGGAACCAAGACAUUUGAGAUCAUAUAAAAGUCCCUUUAAAUUGGUAAAUUAUCAAGGAGAUUCAGUUGUUCCAGAUUUUAAGGUACUUUAAAACGGGAACUGACUAAAUUCCGCCCUGUAUGACUGACUGAAACUAUUUGAUAAAUGACUGAUUGCUCAGAAACACAGAAUUCCCGUGGAAAGGGUCUAUGAUUGCUGACAAAGCGUCAUUUUUUCCGACAAGUCUAAUGAUAUCUAAUGCAACGUAGUCCUCCAACCGUUCUUCGAACCCGGAAAUGACAAGAUUAGCGUCAAAGCGGUUAUUUUUGGCGUUUUCUUGAAGAGGUGGUCCCCCACAAUGCCUGAAACAACGAUAGCCUUGUAACCACUAUGGUAAUGGGUGUGUCUGAACCACACCAAUAGUCGGGUAAAGCCCCAGUUUUUAAGAGAGUACGGGAGGUACUAGAAGGAGGAAUUUAUUCUGCCCAGAACCCUGAGUUGUUGUCUCAGGCAGCAGUGGCUACUGGCGAGGCCAGGAAGUGUGCUGACAGCGUUAAGUCAUGUCGACCGUUUUUAUGAAUGUCUGGGAGCAAGUCUAGCGGUCUUGUAUGCAAGUGGUUUGUUGCGGUACACAAAAUAAGGACGGCUGCGGCAGUAAAGACGCGCAUGUGCGUCCGUGCUACAGUCGGUCGGACUGUGAAGUCGGCGCAACGGGGAGCGUUCGCAGUAAACGUGGGCAACCUCGACGCGGCAGGUCGUUAAACAAAAGCCGGUGGAUUGCGCAAGGAUGGUGGUCGGCCACAGAUAUGUCUCUAUCGGCCUUUCCGGCCCGCCGGUUUGCAUUUCCAGGACUGCGCCGCACGGCGUUUGAGGCCUUAAUUGAUGUAGUAUCGUAGUGACACAAUGCCUUGUGGCUUUUUACCAGUUAACCCAGUAGCCGAACCGAGGCUGAACAACAGUUGGAAGUAUUGAUGAUGCACUGAACACGAAUACUUAUUCCUCGGAUCCAUGUGUCCACAUACCUCUCAGUCAGUCAUUGCUAUUCAGCUGGUCGUCACCGUGGACGCAUUGGGAAUCCAGCAGACGAGCUAGAGGGUAAGGUCCGUCUUUCCGUAGUUCCCUCUCCCCUGUAAGGAGAUGAUCCUGAAAAGACUGCAUUGUAUUACUAUUAACCUGAGCAAAGGUUAUGAGCAGCGUCAAUUCUUCUCUGUUUAUCUUGACUUUUUCAGUUAUUAUCAAAGCGACCAUGCUGGCGGUAGCUGGCGAAAUUUCAGCCCGUAGUACUAGUCCACCAACUCGGCGGGAAGUGUGUACGACCGGAACCAGGUGAAUUGUCUGACCCCCUUUGUUUCCCGUGAUAAAUGAUGCAUGCUACUCAGAUAUCCUGUCUUCAACCAUAGGUAAGCGAGACUUUACAUGACAAUACUUCGAGGAGCCUGACCUCCCGACAGCAUGUAAGAGUUUGGUAGGUUGCAUCAUAUGUCAGAAAAUUUCUCUUUUAAGAGGCAUCAGGUGUCUAAAAACAAAAUAUCGUGAGCACGGGCAAAUAAAGUUAUCUUUGGGCAAAAAUCCGUAAUCAGUCAUCAGAUAGGAAGAGUGAAUAGGUUUCUGGAAAAACUGUAUACCAAGUAUUACGUUAUGUUGAAUAAAAGCGAGGAAGUACUUUGGCAAAAGAAACCAGAGGAAAUGAGAAUUCAGCCUGUAAGUCGAUGUGUAUUGUAUAAAACAGCAUUUAAGAUGGGGAUUGGGGUACUGCUCGGUUUAUCGCAUGCUUCUGUGUGUUUUGUGACGAAGACAUCCUCGGCAAGCCUCAAUCCAGGAGGUCCGCGAGGAGGUCGCCGCCUUUUAAGAUUAGACGCGUAGUUAACGCUUGCAUUUAAGUUUCUCUCACUCUUCGCAGGUUUUUGAUCGGAAAAGGUAUGCGUCAAAGAAUAAGUUGCCCCUGGGAAAAGGGGUGACAAAUAUUUUGUAAAAAACUUGAACAGUUAAUUACAGUUUCUAGCUGUCCGCUGGAGGUGUUCGAAAAAACAGUUGACCUUGUCUUCACUCUUCGGCGGCGACCACCGAUAAGUUAUUUGUCAUACGCAGCGGCGGUUUCCAUGAGACCUGUGCGGGAUAACCGCCAUUUUGCACUGAAAUGAUGUUCGUCGACUUGGUCUGGAUGCAGAAUGGAGAACAGAUGUUUUCCGUAAGCUUUGAGUUUUCUGUACAGCUCAGCCAGCUUUCAAACCCCAUGGGUCCUCUUCGGGCAGAAAAUCGGAUGUCUGGUCGGCGACAGCUAAUAAGACAGUAAUGGCCGUCUUAGUCUCCUUCAUCUAAUCUGUGAAAGUCCUCGAUUCCCAACUGGGGCAAAAAGUGAGGCAUAUUUAUACGAGUAGUUAAAGUAAACUUUGCUUUAUUCGCUUACGAUAUUUUCUACAGUAUAAUUGCCUUUUUAAAUCGAAAAUUUAUUCGGCAAUUUUUCUCGAACAAAUGGCCAUGCGUCGUGUGCUUCACAAUAGCAAUUAGAAUCAUAUACUAUAAAUCUGUUAUUUUUACGUUGCAUUAAGUAAAAAUCAUCAGUAUGGACACUGGCACAAUUAUCCCACUCUAGUCUCCUCUACUUAUCUGAGUUAGUUCACUGGCACAAAUCAGUCCACACCUGAAGUCUCUUCCAUUAACUCGCAGCAAGUAAAACCAUAUCACAUAUUCCUUCAUGUUCUAUAGAUGACAAAAAUGGAAACAAUUGUUCUCCCGCUAAUGCGCGUACUUCCACCGAGGUAUAGUGCUUGUAACUUGCCAUUCUUCUCUCUGCUCUCAGGAAAUUUCCUCGGUCUGCCAAUCAACAUUUCGCGACAAACUGCGAUUUUACAAAAAAUCGUAUCAGAUACAGUGGUGUGCCUUUCAAACGCCUGCUUAUCGUAUCAACGACACUCUCCAACGAAAUCGGAAUAAGCUUCUCAGCCGUCGAUCGUAGCUUCCCUUCUAUUUCUAUAUGUUGCGCAGGAGGUUAA